CUUUAUCCUCGUACAGCAGUAAAGUGUGUUGCUACUCCGAAUCCAGCUGUGGAACUGCCAUUAACUGCUGAAAAUGUAGAAAGUGUAUUGGAUGAAAUUCGACCGUAUCUCAUUGCAGAUGGUGGAAAUGUGGCUUUACAUGAAAUUGAUGGCAAUGUUGUGCGGUUGAAGCUACAGGGAGCAUGUGGUUCGUGUCCAAGCUCUGUUACAACAAUGAAAUUGGGCAUUGAGCGUCGACUGAUGGAGAAGAUCCCUGAAAUAGUGGCGGUUGAACCGAUAGCUGAUGAAGAAACUGGUCUUGAACUAAAUGAAGAAAACAUAGAGAAGGUUAGUUCUGUGUUCAUCAUUUACUCUUCAUCAUGUACUAUUCAUUAAUACAUAAUCAUUUUC